GGAAAUAUCUUUAGGUCUGAACCACUGGGUUUAUUGCAACAAAUAACUUUUGCAAUGAUCUGGGGUUGUAAAUUUUUGAUAAUGUAAUGAAUGCUGGUUGAAGUUAGAUGACUUCUACCUGCUUAUCCCAUGCUUUAACAAAUCUGUCACAAACAGCUGAAAAUGAUCUUAAUUAUUUUGCCAACAUUUACCUAUGAUUCCUUAAAGUCUGGAUAUGGCACUGAAAAGAUUUUUAACUGUAAAAAUGUCAAAUGGAUAAUGGUGAUUUCAAGGAUGUUUAAUGAGGUUGCUGAAUUUAUCUGCUGUCUGAUUGAUUUUUUUCUCUCAUAAUAAUUUGUUCCAUAUCAUUGCAGAUAUCAGAAGUGAUAAAUAGUAUGAAAGACUUGAUUGAUUAUAGCCGAGAAACAGGAACUGGACCAAUGGAGAGUUUGGCCAAGUUCCCUCGGAGGACAGAUUCUUCAUCUGGGUUCCAUAGUCAAGCUUCACAGCCUGAGGGACAGCAGCAGCAGCAGCAACUGCAAACAAUACCCCAGAACUCAAAUAGUGAUCGAAGUUCAGCCCAAGUCCCAAUGCAAAUCACUGCUAGCAAUGGUAUGGCUAGUGUAAAUAACUCACUCACCACAGCAUCUGCAACCACGUCUGCCAGCACUGUCGUGGGGCUUCUCCACCAAAAUUCAAUGAAUUCAAGACACCAAAAUUCUAUGAAUAAUGCAAGCAGUCCCUAUGGAGGAAACUCUGUUCAGAUUCCAUCUCCUGGUUACUCCACCUCGACCACUAUAUCCUGAUUCAUCUUGUGUCGAUCCACAAUAUCAUGGUUCGUCUCCGCAACUAGCAUCAUGAUUGUA